AUGCUCGAAAACGAAGAGCUUAAAGGUUUUCUGAAAAGUGCCACAGCCUUACACUCACUAGGAAAAGUCCAUAGUUACAAAAAUUUUGUACUUGUUUGUGUAGGCUCAAAGGAGAAUCCACAAAUCAGGUUCAGUGUAUACAAAGCUAUGGAUGAAGUGUACAACAGGUAUUCAGGUAGUGACAAUAUAUUGGCACUUGAUGGCAAGUACUCUGGUGAUGCGUUGUAUGCCUUGGUAAUGAAGAGCUAUUCGUACCAGUUCUUGAAGAAAAAGACUGAACUGAUCAAAAAACUUAAACUUUACUGCCCAGAAAACAAUGAAAUUUGUUUGAAAAUUUUGAAGAUUGCCAAUGCUCAGAAUUUUGCCAGAUUUCUAGGAGACACGCCAGCCAACCUAAUGACACCGGUGACGAUGUCAGAGUAUAUAAAAGACUACUUUUUGAAUGAGCCUAUUGAUUUAAAAAUUUUUGAUAAAAGCUUUUUAGAGAAGGAAAAAAUGAAUCUAGUGCUUGCUGUGUCACAGGGAUCAGCAGAGGAGCCUAGGUUUAUCCAUGCCAAAUAUUUUGGUCGUGACUCCACCCAGAUCGAUUUGGCUAUGGUGGGCAAGGGUGUUACUUUUGACACAGGUGGAAUUUCAAUCAAACCCAGCAGGGAGAUGUUCAAGCUCAAACAGGAUAUGAUGGGUGCUGCCAUUCUUACAUGUGUCUUGAAGCUAGUAUCUCAGCUCAGGUUAAAAGUUAAUGUGUCGCUCACUUUGCCUUUGGUGGAGAAUAUGCCAGGCGCAUCAGCUGUAAAGCCAGGCGAUGUCGUUAAAAGCCUAUCUGGAAAAACCGUUGAAAUUGACAAUACGGAUGCCGAGGGCAGACUUAUACUUGCCGACGCAAUAACGUUUGCUCAACGGGACAAUCCAAAAUAUUUGAUUGAUGUGGCCACUCUCACUGGUGCAGUCAGAAUAGCGCUUGGCAAUGUGCAUGGUGCGUAUUUCACGGAUGACGAGGCCUUCAGUGACUUGAUCUACCAAAGUGGCAAAGAAGCCAACGAUAUCAUCUGGAGACUGCCUCUGUCACCCUUUUUCGAAGAAAAUUUGAAAAGCCCCGUCGCAGAUAUUUGUAACAUUGACCGAAGCCUAAGUGGUGCGGGUGCUUCAGUUGCGGCGAAUUUUAUUAAGAGUUUUGUCAAUAAAAGCGUUAUUUGGGCACACUUUGAUGUAAGUGGCAUACGAAACAAUCAUUUUUUGAAGACUAUUUUUGGAGACCAAACAACGGCCAGACCACUUGCGAGUUUGUUUACUCUUGUGGAAAAUCUCCAUAUACAUGAUUAA